CAAUUACCUGGUGGCAUUUUGUGUUGUAAUUACUGGUUGACAUGAAGUCAACGACAAAGUUAUGCUUUGCCAUACUCGGAGCUCUGUUGAUUCCUCCGGUAGAAGCCGCGGCCUCGGAGGGCGACGAGCCGACCUCCUGUCGAUUAUGGCUCGCCCCUUCGGCCGUAUCCACGGACCGCAAACCCAAAUUUGGUUUAUUUGCGGGUGCUACGUACUCGAUGGAUGACAUUAUUCCUCUCUCAGAGUUGGCUAUUCCUCUGUCAGACUUUAUGGAAUACCCGAAUCGCGCCCGAUCGCAGUACGAUAGCGAUAUUCUGGACUUUGUUCAGUCUUUUGUGUGGACUUCGGAAUAUGCCGGAGGUCGUUGGGAGGGCAAUUACAGUUCGACUGUGUUUGUCCCAGGAAUCGGAAUUUUGUCCAACUAUCACACGGGUCACUCUAAUGUUGAUUGGCUGCAAGGCGCAAUGCGUUCACACUCCCGGGCAUUGCCCCAUCCUUCUCGGGGAGCCAUUACACCUUAUUAUAACAUGACGCUACGAGCGAUCCGUACGAUUCCGGCUGGCAUGGAACUCUUCGCGAAUUUUGGAGAGCAGUGGGACGGAAGUUUUGGCGACGACGCGUUUCAGGAUAAGUUGACUCGGUGGGAGUAUCAAGAUGCGGACAAGCUUUUGGACAAGAUUGUCGACUUUAUGGACCAGUUUGGUGACCAAAUGAGCGAGACUUUGAAGGAUGAUGUUCUAGACUUUAUGCUGGAAAAGGUACUGGGAACAGCCACAGGAAAGCGCGCCAAGAUUAUUAAAUCCUUAAUUCCUGCGCAUCCACAAAAACUUCAGCGAGUAUUGGAUGCCGGUGGGACCUUUGUUUACCGCAAUCGGGAUUUAGUCAAAAGUCCCCGAUGGUUGGAAGACAAUGGCAUCUGUGUUGACAAGAUGCGUGGUGACACGAGUACCAUUCCUGAUGCGGGACGAGGUGCCUUUGCUACUCGAAAAAUUGCCAAGGAUGAACUAAUUGUUCCCGUACCUAUGAUUCCGGUUGGUAACAAGGCCCUAAUGGAUAUGUACGAAUUUGUCGAAAACCAUGAUGAAGAAGGGCGUCCAACGGGUCUCACUUACAACUUUGAGAAAUAUCGCGGGCAGCAGCUCCUGGUGAACUAUUGCUUUGGCCAUCCAGAGUCAAGCCUUUUGCUUAUGCCAGUUGGCCCCUUGGCAACCUUGAUCAAUCACGGGAGUCUCCGUGACAAGGCAAACGCUUACCUCACUUGGUCUAAGCACACGAGCGUUUGGAAUGACCACAGUCUACAUGACCUGCAUGUGCACGAAGUGAUGAAUCAAGAGUAUCCGAACAUUGUCAUGGAAAUCUACGCAAUUCGAGAUAUCGAAGAAGGCGAGGAAAUAUUCAUCGACUAUGGUGCUGCAUGGGAACAGGCCUGGGUCGAGUACAAGGAAAAUUGGCAAGCCAGUACGCUCGACGGCAAAUGGCCGCUCAAGGCCGAAGAUAUGAACAGCAUCUUCCUAACGAAACCAUUUCCGAUCAAUUUACAACAAGACAGCAGCCCAUACCCGGAUGGUGUCGCCACUGCCUGUUACAUCUACAUAGGAGAACAAACAGACGGAGAGGCGCACGAAAACGAAGAUGGUUUGUCGAUUUUUCCGUGGAUCGGACCGAAAUCCUUCGAAGACUAUGUUGGACAAGUCUUGACGGUGUGUGAUCUCCGCGGGCGGGAAGAGAGCGUAGAACACGGCUUCGUCUACAUGGUCCGCGCGCGUCUUCCGGGACAGGACGAAGUAGUUGAAGUGAAGGGUGUACCGCACGUCGCAGUCACUUUGGUAGAUCAACCGUACCAAGCCGAUCACCAUCGCCCUGGCGCCUUUCGGCAUCCAAUUGCUGUAGAAGACCAGCGUUGGCCUCAAGCCUGGCGCGAUUUGCGUGGAUGAAGCAAGUUAUGGAUGAUCGUUGUUAAUGAUACUGUUUGC